ACAGAGUACGCUUGUUUGUGUUUAUGCCAGGGAGGGUCAGGCAAAGGCCAGGUAGGGAGAAUAUUUGAGAUACAGUCAAGAAUGACAGAGAGACAGAAGCUUGUCAUCAGGGAGGAGGAGGACUGGACCUGAAGCAGAGUAGUAUGAGUUUGGGAUAAGGACACAAUGAAGAGGCUGCGCUCUCUGACAGAGUUAGAACCUUUAGGUAGUGCCACAGAGGAGGAGAACAGCGAACAGGAUGAAGCCUCAUCCCUUAAAUCAUCCUGGUCCUUGGUGGACACCAUGAAUUACGUGGGACAACUGGCAGGCCAGGUUCUGGUGACGGUUAAGGAGCUGUAUAAAGGCAUUAACCAGGCCACGCUGUCCGGCUGCAUUGACGUGGUCGUAGUACGCCAGAAAGAUGGAAGCUUCCAGUGCUCCCCUUUCCACGUUCGAUUUGGCAAACUGGGUGUGCUGCGCUCCAAGGAGAAAGUGAUUGACAUCGAGAUCAAUGGGGAGCCGGUGGAUCUCCACAUGAAGCUGGGGGAUAACGGAGAGGCCUUCUUCGUGCAGGAGACAGAGGAGCGGAAUGAGGUGGUACCGGCCCAUCUGGCAACCUCACCCAUCCCCUCAGACAGUCACAUGUUCUGGAUCGGGUCGGAGAGGGCACCGGGACAGGAUUUGGAUGAUGACCCACCGGACCCUGAGGAUCCCCCUGAACCCACUGUGUCCAGUAGUGGCUCGGUCAAGAAGAAGAAGAGACGCAGGAAGAAGCACAAAGGAGACGCGCGGAGGGAGGAGCUGACGCCUCCCGUCUCUGUGGGCACGGCAGCUGGUGGCCAAUCGGACGAGAUCUUUGAGAUGGACAUGAGCUCAGAUGAGGAGGCCUCUUCAAACGCACGAUCAUCGUCUGUCAGCACAGCAAAGGAUACUGAGCCCAGAUUUCCUACAGUUUCUCAUCACCUUGACAAUCAUCCAUUCUCUGACGGAGACUGGUCCCCAUCUGACAGCUCCAGCCAUAACCUGUCCCAGGCCUUCUCUCCAAAGAGUGACUCUGAGCUGGUGAUCCGGCCCUCAGAGAGCAUGCUCAGAGUAGAGUCCCACAUGCAGUGGACGUGGGGCGAGUUCCCAGAGCCCACCAGGGUUUCCAAAAAGGAGAAAGCUGAAGUGCCAAAGACGGUGACCAUAACGCCUUCGGAAAACACGCAUUUCAGAGUGAUCCUGAGCUCCGAGGCCAUGGAGGCCGAGGCGGAGGGGGAAGGUGGUCUGACCGGAGGGGAGCGGGCUCCUGUAUGUGCCAUCGUCAAACCUGAACCGCGCACCCCCGUCACCCCACUGUCCCCGAUAACCCCCACGGAGCCUAUGCUUUCUCUGCCUGCUGGCGUGGCCACCUCCACUCCCUCAGACCCACAAACUGCUGCUGCCGCUGCUUCUGUUCCCACGUCUGCACAGAUGAGUGGGGAGAGGGGCGAUGCUUGCUCCAAGACAGACUCUCCUUCCAAGAAGAAAGGUGUCCCAAAGAGGAGCCAACACCAAGGCCCUGAGGACAUCUACCUGGACGACCUGAAUGUACUCGAACCUGAUGUUGCUGCUCGUUAUUUUCCUAAGAGUGAUUCAGACCCUGGCUCCAAGCACUGGAUGGACUCUGGGAUGCGUUCUGGAUCCCAGUCUCCGCAGUCCGUGGGCAGCGCUGCAGCCGACAGCGGAACAGAGUGUUUAUCCGACUCUGCCGGCGACUUGCCCGACGUCACGUUGUCGCUGUGCGGGGGGCUGAGUGAGAACGCGGAAAUAUCCAAAGAAAAAUUUAUGGAGCAUAUCAUUACCUAUCAUGAAUUUGCUGAAAAUCCUGCGAUCAUCGACAAUCCUAAUUUGGUUGUAAAGAUUGCAAACAGAUAUUACAACUGGACCUUGGCUGCACCUUUGAUUUUGAGCUUACAGGCGUUUCAGAAGACCUUGCCAAAGGCCACAGAGGAAGCCUGGGUUAAAGAGAGGAUGCCGAAGAAGUCGGGGCGCUGGUGGUUCUGGAGAAAGAGAGCGGACAGCACCAUCAAACAGUCAGAAAGCACUGGAAAACUGGAGAUGAAAGAGUCGCAACUUGAAGGUGGCCCUUCUCUCUCACAGGAAAGUCAUACCCGCAAAGCUGAGACCAGAGACUCAUCCAGUGAUGAGGAGGGGAAGGAGGUGAGCGCUGCCUCCUCUCUUGAGCGAAUGGCCCAGUCUGACUCCCAGAGCCACAGUAACACCCACUCCUACAGGAAGUCUCUCCGUCUCUCCUCCGAACAGAUAGCUAGUCUGAAACUGAAGGAAGGUCCCAACGAUGUGACGUUCAGCAUCACGACGCAGUACCAGGGCACCUGUCGCUGCGAAGGCACCAUCUAUCUGUGGAACUGGGAUGACAAAGUCAUUAUCUCAGACAUUGACGGCACCAUCACCAAAUCAGACGUGUUUGGGCAGAUCUUGCCUCAGCUUGGGAAGGACUGGACACACCAGGGUAUUGCCAAGCUUUACCACUCCGUGGCUGAGAACGGAUAUAAGUUCCUGUACUGCUCAGCGCGUGCCAUUGGCAUGGCAGACAUGACGCGGGGGUAUCUGCAGUGGGUGAACGAUGGGGGCAUUAUCCUGCCCCGUGGGCCUCUCAUGCUGUCUCCCAGUAGCCUCUUCUCUGCUUUCCACAGGGAGGUUAUCGAGAAAAAACCUGAAAUCUUCAAGAUUGAAUGCCUUACUGACAUUAGGAAUCUUUUCCAUCCCAACAAACAUCCCUUCUACGCGGCAUUUGGAAACAGAACCAACGACGUGUUUGCCUAUAAAGAAGUAGGAGUGCCAGUGUGCAGGAUCUUCACAGUAAACCCCAAAGGCGAACUCAUACAGGAGCAAACCAAGGGCAACAAAUCCUCGUAUAGCAGACUGAGUGAGCUGGUGGAACACGUCUUUCCUUUACUGAAUAAAGAACAAAGCUCAGCUUUCAGUUUUCCAGAGUUCAGCUCUUUUUGCUUCUGGAGGCAGCCCAUUCCCGAAAUCAACCCCGAAGAGCUGCCCUCGUAGUCGCGAUGCGUCGACCACUCCCACACGUGACAUUGGAUCCCAAGGGCUCAUCUCAUUUGCUUGCGGGACAUUAGACACUAAAGAAACUAAGCAGUCAUUAUGUCAUAUCAUUUUGAUUCUCGUUCUGGCUUCGCUCGGCACCGGAGACCUGUUCUCAUUUUUCCACCGUUGCAUCAUUUUCCAAAGUUCAUCGCUGACGCUCGGCCAAAACACCUGCUAACACUGGCAGCAGCUACACGGGGGACCUCUUCCAAUCUUUUACGGUCCCUUCGCCGGACCUGGACUGCACCUGUGUCCGCUUCACGUUCAGAAUAAAAGAGGAACUUUCUAGCCCCACGGGUCACUCAGAGACACACGUGCAGAGCGUCAGAGCAAUGCCCACGCCAUAAUGUCACUGCACCAACUCUGCUAAACCCAUCCCUGACCGUACGGUCAGCAUCCCGCCCCGAGAACUCGCUGCGGACAAACUCGACCCGAAGGAGAAGAGUGGAGGUGUCCCCAGGGCGCGGUAUCGCAUGACAGCACUUCACCUAAAGGGAUAAACAGGUCCUGUCUGGGAACUGGAGUAGCGAGUGCUGCUCUGGCAAUGCGUCGUGGAAACAGAUGUUAUAAUUUCGAAUUUGUGUGACGGUCUGGAGAUGAUUUAGCUGCUAAUGAUCCGAAACUGCUCCAGAACCCAAAGGAUUUGUUUAUCCCCUGAUUGAUUCAGUGUUUACAGUUAUGACUGAAGAUGGACGACGGACGGGAAAGAAUGAAUCGAGUGAAUCUGUGUAUCUAGUGUGAAAACUGUGUAAACUUGUGUGUAUAUUUAAUUGUGUGGUUGAAAGGUUGUUUGAUUGUGGUUUCUUCUGAAUCACACUAGUAGUUAAGAUAUUUAUUUAAACAAAUAAUUAAAAGAAAAAAAAAAAACGAUAUUUUCUCAGAGAGUGAAUUACCUAACAUCAGAAGUAGUUAUUCUAAAUGAUUUACCUUUUCAUGCACUGCCUAUACUUAGCUCUGAAAGAAUACCUGUCUAACAAUGAAGUGUCCUGAUACUAUCCUUGUGUGAUGAGUUAGCGUGACAGCGUCCGUUAGACGUUGUCAUAAUAUGCACUGAACUGACUUGUGUUCCAGUUUGGCACAGACGUCAUCCUGGAGUCCAGGAGGAUCUGUCCAAGCUUGAGUUCAGUCUCUGUAGCCCUAUCAAACAUGCUUAUUCACAGGCAACAGUGCACUGAGAAUAAAGGUGUAGCACACUUUGGGUUACUUUUUUUUUUUUUUUUCCACACAGCCAUUGACUUUCUCAUCCUCUGGCUGCUUGGUAACACCCCACCAAUCGCACUUUCUUCUACAACCAAGCGAAAAUGCGAAAAUCGUCUCGUCAUAAAGAAAUAGCACUGUUGUUUCAACCUACGCUUGUUUGAACUUUGGUUGUGUGUAUGCAAUGCAAGAGUUUCAGACCAUAUGCCCUUCUGUUCUUAAACUGUUUAAAACAAGAUACAGGGGUUAAUGAAUUAACGUCAGUAUAGCGUCUGUGCCUGGACAGUAAGGUUCUGACAGACUUUCACACCUUAAUGUGCUGCUCCUAAGCUGUAUUGAAGCUGAGUGACUGGCUUUGGGAGGACCUUCUUAAACUGUUUUUCAGCCAACCAAGCCAUCGUUUGCUUUGUUAGAAUGAACAAUGGUGUUAAAGACAUGGAAUCUUUGAAGACUGAAGAUGUAUCUGACAAUGUAUGUAAAAAAAAAAAAAAACGGCUGAUGAAACGCACCACAGCUGUUUUGUGUGGCUAAUGGAGGGUCAGCUGUGCUGCUUUGGGCCAUAAGUGGCUGUCGAUGAAGUAGAGGUAAAUUGUUAUUAACAUUUUAUUUAGAUGUAAGAGGAAGCACUGACAUUUAGAACAGGAUACAUUUGUUUUGUUUUGUUUUGUUUUCCUCUAGGAAACAUUUUCCAUCUGGUCAAAUUUCACUGUGAUCCUGUUGCGACUAAAGGAAAAAUGUCUUGAUUCUUGAAUAUUUUGUCAGCCAAUAGAAUAGAAAAAAAAAAAGACUUUGGCCCACUGAAACUCUAAAUAUUUACCUGUUUAGUGGUUGAGUCCUUUUAGUUUCGACAAGGUGUUGUUUUGUCGCACUGUGUGCAACAACUUUGUUAAAAUAGGCAAACACAAACCUAAAGCACAAUGGGAAGUAAUUUAUUUAGGACUGAUUUUCAUUUACAUAUAAUAGUUGAAUAAGUUAUUUAGGAAAAUGUGGGCAUUCCUCAUUUCAUGUUUAUAAGCAGACUUCUAAUUUGAUAGAUCUUCUGUUAGCAUUUUUGUUUGUUUUAUGGUGUUUGGAAGUGAAAUCUGUCUCUGUGUUAAGUAUUAACAACGUGAACCCAUUCUUUCUAUGAAAGUAAUACCUCUUGUGUGGAAUAAACACACUCACCUUGUAUAAAUCUGAAAUUUAUGGCAAAUGGGAAAAAAAAAAGGUAAAAUUAAAUCGCCUUUUGAAAGCGCUGAGGCAAAUGUUAAACAUCGAACAUUCUUCUCUGUUCUCUCUCUUUUGCUCUCUCUCUCUCUUUGAUGCCUUUUGGUUUAUGUGUGUAUGCUUUUAUCUCUUAUUGUAUAUGAUGUGUGGGGAAAUACGUGCUUCUGUUGGUUUUUCAUUGAUUUUGAUGUGUUAAGCUUGUUAUUGAUUGCUUUGACCAGCAUAAAUACCUUUAAAUGUAUAAUUGCUGUAUGGAUUUAUGGAAACAAACAAACAAACAAACAAAAAAACAAAAUAUGGUUUAAAAAUAUGUUUAUGAAACACAAAUCUAUUAAAUUAUAAUUACCAUAACAAA